AUGGCAUACAAGAGCGAAGACGAAACGCACGUCGCCUUCGAGCUUGUCUCGAUGCGCAACGGCCGAUCGAGUCUCUCUUUCGAGAACUCUCCUACUGCUGUUGCUGCCACAACGUCCACGUCAGCAUGUCCAGCAGUAUCACCGGAAAGGACCAAUGUCUCUGCCAAUUCGCCUUCAGCCACUUCAAACGCAUCACAAACCAAACGCGCAAACAUUGCAUCCACCUCAAAAUCGAAAGCCGAAGACGCUCCAAGCCCGUCGGAACCAAAGACGAAGAAGCGCAGAAGAGUCGUCGUUGCCUGCGAUACAUGUCGUCGCAAAAAGAUCAAAUGCGAGGGACUUCCGAACCCUACCAACACCUGCAACAACUGCACCGCCUACAAUUACCGAUGUACGUUCAGCAGCGAUGCCGAUCGGUCCAGAGGCAAGUACGAGAUCCUAGAGAGCAAAGUGGAAACGCUUCUCAGCGCUCUCCGCUCGGUAGCACCACAUGUCGCCCGGCAGUUCGAACGCGGCGAGCUCAAUGUCACUGGGCCAAGUGGAUCGAGCGCACCGCCGCAGAAUGCAAAUUCGUGGCAAACACUUGAAGCACACACCUCUUCUCAUCCAGCCAAAACGGGCGACGACGACGACGACAGCCACGCAUAUGAUCCAGCCAACCGAGACUCUGUGCAUUCCCGCCACGAUAACGAUCUGCCCUCGCAUUCGGCCGUCCGAUUCGCUCGCGGCGAGAGCGACCCCGAGGAAGGCGACGCAACCUUCAACAAUGGCGACAAUGCUGGCAGCGCUGCAGAAGCUGCCAAGAGAGAAGACAGAGACGCUCUUUUGCCCGAUGUCGAGGAUGGCCGACCACGCUAUUUUGGUCGCUCGUCUGCCAUGACGCUCUUCCAUAGCAUCGCAGACGAGAGCCGUCCACCUAGUCCAGGAGCCGGUUCGCAUCGUUCCUCUGAUCAUCCUACUGACCACGCCGGCAUCAGCUACGAGACGCAUCGCCAUCAAAGCAUUCGACAAGCCACAAACAAUGCAAGCUUGCCUACAGCCUCCAAUACGGCCCCCGAAACAGCGAGUAUCGGAAUCAAAGUAAAGACCGCCUCGGCGCCACGCCCGCUCUAUCCAACCAACUCGAAAGAGUGGAUCCAGUUGCUUCGACGCAAGAACACUGUCGCAGUCGGGCGAGACGAUGCCGUCACUGAAGAGUGGUUCGAACGCUACACACUUCCAGAUCGCGAUCUCAUCGAUGAUUUGUUCGAGGUCUUCUUCCAGCAAUUGCAUCCACUCAUGCCUAUCGUCCAUCGCCCAUCGCUGGAACGUGACCUGGCCACUGGGCGUGCUGACAAGGACUCCGCAUUCCGAGGCUUUGUCUUUACCAUCCUCGCUAUCGCCUCGCGCUUCUCCAACGAUCCACGCGUGCUUGCGACCUCGGGUGAUCCCGACACUGCAGGCGAUCACUUUGCCGCGGCGAGUCGUCUGUACCAUCAGGUCUACGCAGCAAGUCUGAUCAAUGUCCAGGUCAUGAUCCUCACGGCGACCUUUAUGCACGGCGCCAUUGGUCCCGGCGCGAGUUGGACUGUCCUCGGCGUGGCCAUCCGCGCACUUCAAGAUAUCGGUCUUCACCAAGAAAAAGCCUAUCGCGGCUUUUCUCCCUACGAGCAGGAGCUACGCAGGCGCGUGUUUUGGGGCGCCUUCAUCCUCGAUUGCAUCUUUUCGAUCAACAUGGGCCGGCCGCUGGCCCUCAAGCUGUCGGACUGCGACGUCAAACUGCCCCUCGAGAUCGACGACGAUCUGCUCUUCCAGUACGAGGCUGGUGGGGCCAUCCCUGCUCCGCCAGCCCGCUCCGCAUCUGACGAACCCAUCGUCAUGAGCGGCUUCAUCCACAUGGUCAAGCUCAAUGUCAUUGUGCAAGAUGUGGUGCACGUCCUCUACUCGCCGCGAUGGCGGCAGGACGGAACGGGCCGCGGCAAGCUGCCGGCACACUCGAAGCAGAGAGCCAUGCCCGAGUACAAGGACAUGGUCAUCCUGUCCAAGAGGCUCGAAGAGUGGGUCGCCGAAACACCCGCGCAUCUACGCUCGAUCGAUAGCCCCUUCCGUCUUCAAGCGGGUCUGGUGCAAUGUGGCACGCACGACAUUCGUCUCUACAUUCUCAAGCCCUUUUUGGAGCACAGCGCGUUGCGCAAGAUGCUUCAUCCCCAGUGCGUCUUUCAUGCGCGCGAGUGCUUGCGCGUCGUGAUUGCGCUGCACGAUGGCAACCACAUGAGCGACCUCGUGUUCAUCUUUCAGCAGGCUUUCAUGAGCACGGCCACGUUCAUGAUCACGGUGUGGCACGAGUGCCGCGAGGCGGACAAGCUGGCCGAGGACAACGACCUGAUUGAAUCGGCGCUGCGCAUCUUUGCUGCCUUUGAUGAUCGCUUCUUUUCGCGCCUCUUCCGUCGCGCCCAUCGCAUCUUGCGCGACAUUGCGCUGCGCUCCAUGCACACCAUGACAUCGGAUCAGCGCGAGAGGGUGAGUCGGAUGCUGGUACGAGCUGACCAGCGCAUGUCCGGUGUUAUUCCUCCGGCUCUGCUCGGCAUAAAGCCGCUGUCUGGAAUGGUGCAGCCUCGUGCUGAUGCAAAUGUGGCACCCUCUGCCAGGUUAGCAGCAGCAGCGAGGAACGAAAGGUUGGAACAACGUCGCCCAAGCAUGCAGCUUGGCGAGGCAGGAGGAGGCGCAGCCAGCGCUGGGUUCGCCAAUGAGUCUCUCUCGGCAGCUUCCUACAUCCAUAGCUGGUCGCCCAUCCCGAGCGCACCCAUCUCUCCUCGUCGCAACUCGCUGAGCGAAGGCAGCCACGUCAGCGAGACGCAGAUCACUUCUGCCGCAUUUGCACAGUUCAUGAUGAGCGGUGGCGCAGGAAAUACGGCUGGAGGCAUGCAUGCCAGCAACAGCGGUCAGCCGGGUCUCAGUGGCAAUGGCAACGGUGAUGGCAGCGGCAGCAACAACAUAGCAGACAUGCGUCCAAGCGACGUCGCAGCUUCGCCUCGUUCGCAUCUGGUUGCAGCAACAGACGGGGCCUUGGAUCGGAUGACGGGCAUCCAUCCCGCCUCGUUUGGCGAUGCGCGCGGCAUCAUGCCGCUUUAUACCGAUGAUCCAGGCUCGGCGCAGCAUCAACUCGAAGAUCUGUCGUGGACCGAUUACUUUUCCAAGUUUCUGGACGACAUCGGCGGCAGUGGCGGUGCGGCCAUGGCUUCAGCGCCAUCGAGCAGCGCCGGUAGUACUGUUGGUCCGCACCAUGCUCAAAUGCCCAACUUGGUCGGUUUCAACACGCCGCAAGCUGCUCCGACGGGCGUCUAUGGCGAAAUGCAGUUCGCCAUGGGCUCACCGGGUACACCGGCAACGUUUGGGCAGCACCACGCACAGUCGCCCCGGCGCGCACCUCCGCACCACCAGUAG